UAUCCGCCUUCUCAACUGGACUUUCUGGAGUUCAUUCUUUCUUUCUUUCUUUCUCUAAACCUUAUCCUCUGUGACAUCUGCCAUGGCAUCUUCAACAUCCACCCUACAUUUCCUCGCACUCAACACUCAAUCUCUCCCUCUUUCCAAACCUAAUCGCGCCCCCGUUUCAUUAUGCCUUUCUCCGCCCUAUCCAUCCUCGCUCAAUCGCUCUCUAUCCUUCUCCUGUUGCCUUACACCAUUCAACUCACUGCCUUACUCUUGCGUUGUUCGCAAUGUCGCCUUCUCGGACGAGAUUGAGGUGGCUGAAGAAGAAGACGAAGAAGAAGAUGAGGGACUACUCGGUAUAGACGGCUCAUCGUACUCUUACUCCGACGAGCCAAGUUUCCCUCCUGAACAGAAACUCUUUGUAGGGAAUUUGCCCUUCAGUGUUGAAAGUGCUACUCUUGCUAGUCUGUUUGGUCAAGUAGGAAGUGUUGAGAUGGCCAGGUUAUAUAUGACAAGCAAACUGGAAGAAGUAGAGGAUUUGGGUUUGUGACAAUGUCUACUGUUGAGGAAGUAGAAGCAGCUGUUCAACAGUUGGAUGGAUAUGAACUUGAUGGGAGGCAAUUGAGGGUGAACUGUGGGCCUCCACCACCAAAGAGGGAAGGCUCGUUCAGAGGAUCCAUGGGUGGGGGAGGUUACAGUACUAACUCUAAUAAGCUCCAUGUGGGGAAUCUUGCGUGGGGUGUUGAUGAUCAAGCACUUGAAACCUUGUUCAGGGAGCAAGGAAAGGUGAUGGAAGCCAAAGUCAUUUAUGACAGAGACAGUGGCAAAUCAAAGGGGUUUGGAUUUGUUACUUACAGUUCUGCUGAGGAGGUCAAUGAUGCCAUUAAAUCCUUGGAUGGCGCUGACCUAAACGGAAGAUCAAUCCGUGUAAGUGUUGCUGAAUCCCGUCCCAGACGUUUCUGAGAUUUUCAACUGUGAACCAUGAUUGGUUUAUACCCAAGGAAAGUAUGAGCAUCAUUUAGGAGGAAAAGCGGUGAAGAGGCAAGGUUGAUGAUGCCUUGGUUGUUUUGGAGAGCUUGUUAUAUUUAACACCCAACUAAACAAGCGCAAGUAGUUUAAUGUAAACUGUUGUUUUCAAUAUAUGUUAGCUCUAGAAUUCCUCUGAAAUACUGCUUCUCUUGAGUUUUUCAAUAAGACUGGAGUUAUGUACUGGAGUAUAAAAUAUGUUUUGCUGGGUGCCAAAGCGACAAAUGAUCAAAUGUGAAAGCCCAAGUUGUCUGAGCUUAUGUUUUGCGAAGUGAAUAAGGCGUGAAAGCCAGAGUCUCUUUUUGUUCCACUAUGGAUGUUUUUACUUGGACCGUAAUUCCUCCCAGAUCAGACUAGACUUGGAUAGUUAUAAAAAUACAAAGAAAUCAUACUAGACCAGUUCAGAUUAGAUCAUCAAAUUACAGUUCAAGUAAAAACAUCUUAUAUGUUCACACACUAACCCCAACUUCAAACUUCUCCAAUGUAAAAAUUUUGUUUAGUUCACUUCUAAGGCGUGCAAGUCUUUCAACGGUUAGCUUAGAGCAUCUCCAACACUCUCUUUCAAAGGAGUGAACAUUUGCCAGAUAUUCAAGUUUACAAAGUGUGAAGAUUUUUUUGUCUCCAAUGCAUUCUUUCAUCUGCCUGGUCAAGCUGACAUGGAACCAUCGCUUUUAUACUCAAUUUAGAAUUUCAGAAAGCAUGUUGAACAUGCCGACUCAUCUAAAUUGAACCAACUUUUCUGUUUUGCUAAUUUAUUUCAUACGUAGUGGAGAGAAACUGCUUCCAAAGAUUACUAGUAGCCGAUAAUUUCAAAUUUUUAACAUUAUGCAUUGGGAGUCUUUUAUGCCUUUCUUCUAUUGACAUUUGGCAAAAUUUUCUCCCUGUUAAAAGUAGAGCAUUGGAGAUGCUCUUAAUGUGACUAAUUACUAAUAAC